UUUAACUGACUAAAAUAAGGGAUUACAUUUACGAAUGGACAUUUAUUAUAAAGGUGCACAUUUAUUUUAAAGGAGCAAGUUCUUGCAUGUCACCCAUGUAACUGAGCAAACGGAAUAAACACUGGAAUGUCAUCUACAAUUGAGAGGAAGACACUGGAGGCUAGCGAGGAGCCAGUGGACGAGGUCCUCCAGAUGCCCCCAUCGCUGCUGACGUGUGGCGGCUGCCAGCAGAGCAUUGGAGACCGUUUUUUCCUCAAGGCCAUAGAACAGUACUGGCACGAGGACUGCCUAAGCUGUGACCUGUGCGGCUGCCGGCUUGGGGAGGUGGGCCGCAGGCUCUACUAUAAACUUGGCAGAAAGCUUUGCCGCAGAGACUACCUCAGGCUGUUCGGCCAGGACGGGCUGUGUGCAUCGUGUGAGAAGCGCAUUCGGGCGUUUGAGAUGACAAUGCGUGUGCGGGACAAGGUUUACCACCUGGAGUGUUUCAAGUGCGCUGCCUGUCAGAAACACUUCUGUGUUGGAGACCGCUACUUGCUCAUCAAUUCAGACAUAGUGUGUGAGCAGGACAUAUUUGAAUGGACUAAACUGAACAACAGCAUGGUUUAACUGAUAACAAAUAACGCAAAAGAGUGGCCAAGACAAAGCGAAGCUCCUUUUACUCGUUGCCAAACAGUCAACAACAAGAACAACAACAACAACAAAACAGAGGAACAGCGUC